AUGCACCACUUCGCGCGGUCGCUGGUACCAGCGGGGGCGAGGCAUUUGCUUCCGCGAGCUCCGAAGCGUGUUGUAGUCGUUGGGGGUGGCCCGACGGGCCUCUUCUGCGCUGACCGCUUGAGGCAUCACUUCCAGGUGACGGUUGUGGACUCCAAAGAGUUCUUCGAGUUCACGCCCAGCAUCUUGCGUGCCCUUGCGGACCCUCAACACUUGUCCAGGAUCACCUUCGAUUAUCGGGAGGUCCUCGAGGGGCAGCUCGGGGUCGAGUUCGUGCUUGGCCAGGCGAAGCAGAUCUUCGAAAAGAAGAGCGAGCCAACUGUUGGCAGCAUCCGAGAGGAGACCAGGAUGAGCUUCGAUUACUGCGUGGUGGCUGUCGGUGUGGCCAACGGCUUGUGGAAGCCUCGUGCGUUGGAGGAGCUUGUUGUUCCAGCGGGCAAGCAUGAGUUGAGACUUCAUGACCACGGUCGGCCAAAGGACGCGCCGCUGACGGCUUCAGGGCCCGGCGGGGCCGCAGGCGGAGCCACAGCCGCGGUUGGGGCCGGAGUUUGUGGGCCCGCUUUGGACGAGCGGCGCCUGGAGGGUCGCCGGCGAAGCCUGCAACUCUUGUACGAGCAGCUGGCAAGUGCUCCUGGAGCCGUGGUCGUGGGAGCUGGCUUAGUAGGUGUCGAGCUGGCUGCGGAGCUGGUCCACUUCUUCCCGCGGCUGAAGGUGACACUGGUGGAUGGUGCUGCGCACGUUCUACCGCAGCUUGCGGAUCCGGCGCGCGACUACACCAUGGAGUUCUUUGCAAAGCAGGGAGUCAAGCUUCGCCUUGGCCAGCCGUUCGUGCCCGAACUGGUUUCAGAAGGCGAGGUGGUCCUUUGGUGCGUUGGUACAAAACCUCGCGCUUCAGAGCUCUUCGUGGACCGAUCGGCCCUGUCCUUACAGAUGUUGUCUUGCUACCUCUGCCACCUGAGAGUUCGAGGUGCUGCGCAGCAACGGCCAGAUCCGCGUCAACAAACGGAUGCAGGCUCAAGUUGCCCACGUAUUUGGACCAUGGCGCGGGUAGCUUACCGAUUCACCUUCCUGGACGUGCUCCUGGAGGACGAGGACCGGGCCCGUGAGCUCCGCACAGGCCGUGCCCACAGUGCUCCCCCGCUGAGCAUGGGCCGGGAUUGGGCCAAGAGCACGGAGGCGGAGCUGGAGCGCUACGUGGAGUCUUUGCCGGGACCCCGGCGCGCACCAGCCGCGCAAGCACCGGUGCAGGACGAGGAGCAUGGAGAUGAAGACACGGUGUUCAGCUCUGGCAGCAGGGGUCACCCGGCCCUUUGCCAGCGGCCGUGCGUGCACGUGGCUGCAGGAAGGUUGUGCAGAGCCGGGGCCGGCUGUAACUUCUGCCACUUGCACCAUGACCAGACCACAAAGCUGGACCUCGACAAGCAGCAGCGCCGCAUGAUCGAGGAGAUGUCCAAGACCAACUUCCUCUGCUUGGCCCUGCAAGUACUCAAGGACACCGCCCGUGAGGCAGGCCUGCGGGGCACGGAAGAUCUCUUGGAAAUCUUGGAGCAGGAGAUGGAGGCUGAAAGGCAGGACAAAACCACCCCAGCACCCGCAGCUCCAUCGCGGCCCGUUCCAGCGCGCUUGCUGCGCUGCCUGCGCAAGGCAAAUUUUGCCGCCUUGGCAAACUUGGCGGCACGGAAGUGCUCAGAGAUGGCCCUGCUCAACGUGCGCGAAGCAAUGGCAGUCCUGCGCUCGCAAGCGUCGGAGCGAAUGCUCCACGACAUUGUGAAUUAG